AUGAGAGCUUAUCUCAAUCUCAAUGAACGACUGUCACAGGUGUGGCUAAAUCAAUUUACUAUCCUACUUCUAUUAAUUCUGUGCAAGUUUGUACUCUUUGGAAUUUCACUCAAGUCCAGUCUUGAGGUGGCAAAAGCAAACACCGAGUCGAGUUGUGUCGCUGCUGAGAAGUAUGCGUCGGCGAUGGUGAGUCUGCCUCAUUACGCCGCACGGGCAUCCAACUAUUUGAUCACCACUUCUGUUCAAGAAGCCAACAAGGGAAUUAGCGAGGGAUUGGCCAUGGUCGUCGAAGCCGCGGAGCAGCUACUCAUUUUCACAUUUGACAUGUUUGUGGGCACAUACGUGUGUCUGCUGACUGCUGCAGUAGACGGGUCCGUGGACAUAGCCGUCAAUGCUACUGAGGCUAUAAUAAGCGUUGCCAAUGACACAGUGAUAUCACUAGCGGAUGAUAUACAAGACGCGCUUGAUGGUGUGGAGAAGGUGGUGAACAAGGUGAUCAAAGCAGCUGACAAGGUGGAGAGUUUCUUCACUGGCGAUGACGAUGAUGAUGAUGUUUCGUCUGGCUUCAGUAGUGUGAAUCUGACCAUUUCCUCCUUGAAGGAUUGGCAAAUUCCUUCUUCAGUCAAUUCCGAGCUCAACGAUUUGGCAAACAAGGUUCCCAACUUUGAUGAAGUCCAGAAUAAAACAGACCAGCUGAUCAGCAUUCCGUUCAACAAACUUCAGAAAGUUAUCAAGUCAAAGGAAAGAAACACUGAGAGCUCGAGCAGUAUCGCGGUUCCAAGUAUAAGAAAUGUAUCAUUUUGUUCGACUGGUGAGAUUGAUGAUUUCUACGAUCAUUCCUACAAAAUAAUACACAUCUGGGUAUGUGUAAUGAUAUCUCUCUUGGCGUUGUGCUCAUUAUGCAUGAUGCUAUUUUCUGCAUGGGGCGAGUACAAACAGUGGAAACGGCUUAAAACUACUACAGAAAAUGUCAAAGCGGUGGCUUCAAGAACAGGCAACAACGAUAAUGUGAUUUUGGAUAUUAUAGACCAAUCACAACAUAGAUAUGGUAGUGCUAUUGGAGCCUGGUUUGCUAGAAAGUCUUCAAAUCCUGAAAAACAAAUUCACAUUCGGUGGGUAUUCAAUUACGUUACAUCUAGAGUGGCCUUGAGUACUCUUAUUUUAGGUUUGACAGGACUGGUGACGACUGGGCUGCAAUUUGCUGUUUUGAGUGGAGUUACAGGAAACUCUUCAGAGAUCGAAACGGCACUAACCAAAGCUGCCAGUUCAAUUUCUAGCGAUGCUUACAAUUCAAUCAAAGAAUGGGCAACUGACACAAACGACUACUUAACAUACAAAGAGAAAGAGAUCAACAAAAAUGUUUUGGGAUGGGUGAACACAUCAACCACCAGUGUUAACAGUACCAUUGUUGAGUUCCUGGACAGAAUGGAUGAUACCAUAGACUCUGCAUUUGAGGGGACCCUUUUUUACUCACCGGUCAAGGCUGUGGUUGGAUGCACAAUUGAGAACAAACUAAAAAAGAUAGAGAAGGGUCUCACGUGGAUCCAUGAUCAUGCCAAUGUCUCUUUUCCAAGAGUAUCAGCCGACACUAUGUGGAGUCAGAUUUACUCGAAUUCCAGUUCCAAAAGUACAGACACAUCUGAAUAUGUGUCUGACGUGAAAAAGAGUGCAACUAGUGCUAUUAAAGCAGUUAUUUCAAUGUACAAGAAGUCGCUCAAGAUAGAGUUGUACAUUUCAUUAGGGCUGCUUCUACUGUGGGUGAUUUUGGUGAUUAUAGCGCUGCUUAUGAUUCUCAUACGCAUUCAUUCAGAAAGAAACAAUGAAGAAUUUGAAGAUUUUUUCAGUACACCUUCAAAAGUGUCAGAUCCAAUGCCAUUGACCACUCCUCAAAGAGUGAACUUUGGAUAUCCUGCCUGGGAUGAAGCAGCACAGUUUAAGACCACAGACGGCACUGGGAGUCAAUUCCUCGAGAAAUCAGACACUUUGCUUAACGAAGGAGAUGAUAGACUCAAUUUUCCAGAAUAUUCCUCAGUCGAACCGAAUCAGUUCAAGUUCAUAGUUACCUCAACCCCGAAGAGGGCCGACGUUGGCGGGAUUGAAGCUUCGGAUUAUCAUGGGGUCAAACCCGAAGAGGAGGUUAACCCUUUUAGGUCACCUAAGAAUAGAUUGUAA